GCUGGAACGCAGAGCGAGCGUGCGCGCACAUGCUAAUUUAAGCCUGCGACCGCCCAGGAGGCGGGGCGACGCCGUGGGUUUCAAAAAUGACACCACGCCUCCGCUUCCGCCUGCUGCCGCGCCUAGAGAAGGCCAGGAGGUAGUCACUUCCGCUGGGGCAUCUCACUGCGUCCGGGUCAGCUUCUGUCGCCUCUUCUACAGCUGUGGCCGGGAAACGGGGCUGGGUUUUCUACCGCUGACUGAGGGGAGCGGGCUCCGCUCUUUGCCGCCUUCUGCGACCUGGCCGUCAGCCCCACGUCGCCGGCCUGGAGGGGCGAAGAGGACGAGGGGGCCAAGGCUUCCUCCGGGCGUCAGCCCAGGUGCAGAACAAAGAAACUUGGACUUCUGGUGUGCCUCACACCCUCGGGGGAUAGACACGGAAACAGCAUAAGUAACCAGGGCUUUAAUAGAUCUUCUGGGAAGCUAAAACAAAUAUAGGACAUUGGCUCUCUGGAUUAUCAGGAGUCAAUAGUUGACAUUGAAUCCAGGCUGAGAAUGGAAGGUGUAGAACUGAAAGAAGAAUGGCAAGAUGAAGAUUUUCCAAUACCUUUACCAGAAGAUGAUAGUAUUGAAGCAGAUAUACUAGAUGUAACUGGACCAGAGAGCCAGCCUGGCUUACUAGAAGUUAAUGGAAAUAAAGUAAGAAAGAAACUAAUGGCUCCAGAGAUUAGCUUGACACUGGAUCCCGGUGAUGGCUCUGUGUUGUCAGAUGAUUUGGAUGAAAGUGGGGAGAUUGACUUGGAUGGUUUAGACACACCAUCAGAGAACAGUAACGAGUUUGAGUGGGAAGAUGAUCUUCCAAAACCCAAAACAACAGAAGUAAUUAGGAAAGGCUCAAUCACUGAAUAUUCAGCAGCAGAAGAAAAAGAAGAUGGACGACGCUGGCGUAUGUUCAGGAUUGGAGAACAGGACCACAGGGUUGAUAUGAAGGCAAUUGAGCCCUAUAAAAAAGUUAUCAGUCAUGGAGGAUAUUAUGGAGAUGGAUUAAAUGCCAUUGUUGUGUUUGCUGUCUGUUUUAUGCCUGAAAGUGGUCAACCUAACUAUAGAUACCUGAUGGACAAUCUCUUUAAGUAUGUUAUUGGCACUUUGGAGCUAUUAGUAGCAGAAAACUACAUGAUAGUUUAUUUAAAUGGUGCAACAACUCGAAGAAAAAUGCCCAGUCUGGGAUGGCUCAGAAAAUGUUAUCAGCAAAUUGAUAGAAGGUUACGGAAAAACCUAAAAUCCCUAAUUAUUGUGCAUCCCUCUUGGUUUAUCAGAACACUCCUGGCUGUUACAAGACCAUUUAUUAGCUCGAAAUUCAGCCAAAAAAUUAGAUACGUCUUUAAUUUGGCAGAACUAGCGGAACUUGUUCCCAUGGAAUAUGUUGGCAUACCAGAAUGCAUAAAACAGUAUGAAGAAGAAAAGUUUAAAAAGAAACACAAAAGAGUUGAUCAAGAACUUAAUGGAAAACAAGAUGAACCGAAAAGUGAACAUCCUAAACUUGGCAUGCUGACUUAAGUCCAGUUAUGGGAGAUGCUGGAGGAUUCCUUGGAUGAAGCAUUCUUCAACAGCCUUUUGACUGGGAUCCAGCAGCUCUAGACAGAUCCUUUAUUAAUGUCAUUACAAUGAAUUAAGCCAAAACAUUAUUCUUGCUGAAAUCUUAGAAACACUUUGUAUUGAAGAAAUAAACUGACAAUAAUCUAUUCAGGCAUUCCUUCAGAAUUUGGGGAUUAUGAAUAAAGAUGUUGGAUUUAAUUGUGGUUAGAUAACACUUGUAGACAAUUUUAAAUAGUCUUUCAUCUGUGUGUCUCAAAGUGGACUGGGCUUUUUAAUAGAUGGUUUUGCACCACAUUAAAUAUUUGGCUCUUCAGUUUCAAAAAUACAUAAUAAUUUUCACUCAAUUCUUUUAUUGUGUUUAUUAACUUAUUUUUGCAGAAAUUGUUCCUAAAUAUAUAUAUUGUUGCAAAA